AUGCCGGUGACCUUGCCUCGAUCGCGGUUCCAACGCCAGCUCGUGUCGCGGUCCACCAUCCGGAAGUUGAUCGCCGCCUUCAUUAUCUGGGCCAUUGUCGAGGCUCAACUCAUAUACUACCGAGUCGCCCAUGCCGAGAGAGACAUACAGGCCCAAGCUACGACGCUUCUUAAGCCUACCCGCGUUUACAUUGCCAGCUUGCACUGGAACAAUGCUGCCAUCUUGCGCUCCGACUGGAACAGGGGGGUUGUCGACCUGACCAAGGCUCUGGGAGCAGACAAUGUCUUUGUUAGUGUCUACGAGAGCGGUAGCUGGGAUGACUCCAAGGGCGCUCUCCGGGAGCUGGACCGCGAGUUGGGCGGACUUGGAGUUCAGAGGCAGAUCAUACUCGACAAGGAAACUCACAAAGACGCGAUAGGCGCACCGCCAGCCGAACAUGGAUGGAUCACCAGCCCUAGUGGUGAGAAGAGGUUAAGAAGAAUACCUUACCUGGCUGGCAUGCGGAAUCUUUCUCUUCAACCAUUGCUGGACAUGGCAGAGAACGGAACAACGUUCGACUACGUGUUGUUCCUGGGCGACGUGGUGUUCUCGGUCCCUGAUAUCGUGGCUCUGUUAAACACAAACGACGGCCAAUACGCUGCAGCAUGCUCGCUCGACUUCAGCAAGCCGCCUCACUUCUACGACACCUUUGCCCUGCGAGAUUCGGGCGGCCAUGAAUACGCCACCCAGACCUGGCCGUACUUCCGGUCCGCCAACUCGAGAAAGGCGAUGCUACGUGGUGCUCCUGUGCCAGUAUCCAGCUGUUGGAACGGGAUUGUAGCAAUGCACCCGUCCGUGUUUACGGGAGUCAAGGGCCUCAAAUUCCGAGGGAUCGACGACACACUGGCUGCAUACCACUUGGAGGGCUCCGAGUGCUGCCUCAUCCAUGCGGACAAUCCGGCAUCGCGUACCAGGGGUGUCUUCCUUAACCCCAAUGUUCGGGUGGGAUAUUCCAGAAAGGCGUACGACGCGGUACAUCCACCAGGAGGCUGGCUUUCUCUGUCGCAAGUCUUUUCCGGUUUGUGGAAGAACAGGGCCGCCAGAUGGUUCCAGACUCCGCUUUUCAAGGAGUUGCAAGUUCGCUGGCGCAUUCGCAAGUGGGCAGAGAAAGAGGAAGGUCGUGAGGAACCCGGACCCUUUUGCCUCAUCAAUGAGAUGCAGGUCAUUGUCCACAACGGAUGGGCCCAUUUAUAG